AUGGAUCAGGAUAAUAGCUCCAUUGAUCCGUUCUUCACCAACGCCACGGAGAGCUCUGAACCCACAGAGGCACUAUGGGACAAAGCCACUCUCCUGGGGCUCCAGAUCUUCCUGUCAGCCAUCCUGGCAAUCGUCACCCUGGCCACCGUGCUGUCCAAUGCCUUUGUCAUCGCAACCAUAUUCCUGACUCGGAAGCUACACACGCCAGCCAACUUUCUGAUUGGCUCGCUGGCUGUGACAGACCUGCUGGUGUCCAUCCUGGUCAUGCCUAUCAGUAUCUUGUACACAGUGAGUAAGACCUGGGCCCUGGGGCAGAUUGUCUGCGACAUCUGGCUGUCAUCGGACAUCACCUUCUGCACUGCCUCCAUCCUGCACCUGUGCGUCAUCGCGCUGGACCGCUACUGGGCCAUCACUGACGCCCUGGAGUACUCCAAGCGUCGGACAAUGCGUCGAGCGGGCCUGAUGAUAACGGUGGUAUGGGUGAUCUCCAUCUCCAUCUCCAUGCCGCCGCUCUUCUGGAGGCAGGCCAAGGCCAACGAGGAGGUGAUGGAGUGCAUAGUGAACACGGAUCAGAUCUCCUACACGCUCUACUCCACCUUCGGGGCGUUCUACGUUCCCACUGUUUUGCUGAUCAUCCUCUACGGCCGGAUCUACGUGGCAGCCCGCUCACGCAUCUUUAAGACACCAGUGUCGUGCGGCAAGCGUUUCACCACGGCCCAGCUCAUCCAGACGUCGGCCGGCUCCUCCAUUUGCUCCAUCAACUCCGCCUCCAACCAAGAGGGCCACCUGCACCCCGGAGGGGGAGGCAACACGGGAGGAGUGGCAGUAAACGGAGGUGGAGGAAGUAGUGGUGGGUCGCCUCUCUUCAAUAACUGCGUGACGGUGAAGUUGGCUGACAGUGUGCUGGAGAGGAAACGUCUGUGCACCGCUCGGGAGAAGAAGGCCACCAAGACGCUAGGCAUCAUCCUGGGAGCCUUCAUCGUGUGUUGGCUACCCUUUUUCGUGGUCACCCUGGUACUGGCCAUCUGCAAAGAAUGCUGGUUCCACCCAGUGCUCUUCGACGUGUUCACCUGGCUUGGCUACCUAAACUCGCUCAUCAAUCCCGUUAUCUACACUGCCUUCAAUGACGAGUUCAAACUGGCCUUCCACAAACUCAUCAAGUUCAAGAGAUGCUACUAA